GCUGGAUCAAUUGUCGUGACAGAUGAGUAGUAUAAAAGCAUCGAUCAAACUUCAAAAACUAUCAAAGUAUUAUUCCAGCGAAAACGGGAAUCAAAUCAAGAUGAAAUUCUUCAUCAUCAUGUCCGCCCUAGUGCUCGUAAUGGCCAGCGCAGCACCCUUCAAUCCGUUCGAUCCGUCCACCUGGAAUCCCGCUGCUGGUGGCAACAACUGGUGGGAACCGCUAGUUCCGCUACUUCAGCGGAUUGCCUCAGCCUUUGACCCGUUACAUAUUUUCACACCCCAGAAUGCAACCGCGGGUUCGGGUUCAUCAGCGGCGGCGAAUGAUACCAACAGUGGUUAGAAUCUAGUAUGUCACAUCCGGAUCAGGUCAGUUCAGAGGAUGAAAAAAUUAUAACAUUGUUUGGCAUAACUCGCUGGUUUGAAUCGGCUGAAUGUUUAUCUGAUAAUUCGGAACACAUACAGAAGGUGGAGCACGGACCCUUCGAAAGCA